UUUCUCAAACCUCGUACUGACCUAAAACCAAUGGAGUGAUGAAGAUGCUAUGGAGAUUGAAUCAAGUACGAGCUCAGUUCAUCAAGAACCCUAACCCCCAAUUCCUAAAUCCAUUGCUAGGGAAUCUCGCAACCUCAUCCAACCCUAAAGAUGCCAUCUUUCUCUACAACACAAUGCUUCUUCAUCCCUUCACCCACAACCACUAUACCUUCACCCACGCACUCAGGGCAUGUACCUUACUCCACGCGCGCUCCAAAUCCCUCGAAAUCCAUGCGCACCUCGUCAAGACUGGUCAUUUCUCCGAUAUCUUCAUCCAGAAUUCGCUCAUACACUCCUACCUUCUUCAAAACGACGUCGUUUCCGCAAGGCAAGUUUUUCACUCCAUCUCUGACCCUGACGUCGUUUCGUGGACUUCGAUCAUCUCGGGACUCUCUAAGUGCGGAUUUGAAUCAGAAGCCAUCGAGAAAUUUGCCUCCAUGGACGUGAUGCCCAAUGCGGCAACACUCGUUAGUGCCUUGUCCGCGUGUUCUGCCAUGAAAGCUCUGAAAUUCGGCAAGGCGAUUCAUGGUUAUGGGAUUAAAACCGUGAUUAUUGAUGGGAACUUGACUUUGUGUAAUGCAAUGUUAGAUUUGUACGGAAAGUGCGGGUCUUUUGUGAAUGCAGAGAAACUGUUUGUGAAAAUGCCUAAGAGGGAUGUGAUUUCUUGGACGAGUUUGGUGAUGGCUUAUGCACAAGGAGGGCGUUGUGAGGAAGCUGUGGAUGUGUUUAAGAGGAUGGUGGAUGAAGGAGAAGCUGAGCCAAAUGAAGCAACUGUGGUCACGGUAUUAUCUGCAUGUGCUUCUGAGGGUGCUUUAAAUUUGGGGCAAUGGGUGCACUCCUACAUUGAUUCAAGGUGUGACCUUCUGAUUGAUGGUAACAUUGGGAAUGCAUUGCUCAACAUGUAUGCUAAGUGUGGUGACAUGAAAAUGGGGUUCGAGAUUUUCAACAUCAUUGUGCAUAAGGAUGUUAUCUCUUGGGGUGCAGUUAUUUGUGGCAUGGCGAUGAGUGGUCACGGUAAGCAAGCGUUGCAGCUCUUUUCGCAGAUGGUGGUUCAUGGUGUUGCCCCUGAUGAUGUCACAUUCAUUGGUUUGUUGUCUGCAUGCAGUCAUGAAGGAAUGGUGAGUGAAGGUGUUAUGUUCUUCAAAGCUAUGAAGGAUACUUAUGGCAUUGAGCCUCAAAUGAGGCAUUAUGGUUGCAUGGUUGACAUGUAUGGAAGGGCUGGUCUUUUUGAAGAAGCAGAGGCUUUCCUUAGAGGUAUGCCUGUUGAAGCUGAAGGACCCAUUUGGGGUUCCCUUCUUCAAGCAUGCAAAGUUCAUGGCAAUGUGAAAAUGUCUGAAUGGAUCAAGGGACAACUCAGUAACAGAGAUAAUGUUGGUGUUGGUACACUUGCUUUGCUGUCUAAUCUUUAUGCAAGUUCUGAAAGAUGGGAUGAUUCUAAUAAGGUUCGAAGACGAAUGAGAGGGGUUGGAUUGAAGAAGAUUGCAGGGUGUAGUUGGAUUGAGCUUGAGAUGCCCACCAACCAGAUAUUGGCUUCAGAUUUAUGUGUUGCCUAGAGAACUUAAUGGUCAGGAUCAAUGAAUUUGUGAACUGUAUAAACCAAUUUUGAUUAUAUAAAUUCCAAAGGUUGAAAAAUAAGUGACCAUCCUCAACAAUUUUGUACUUCUGUAUAUACUUAAGACUCAAAUAUGACCUGUUUUUCUAUUUUUAGGUAAC